CAUUCAUUUAUGUUAAGCAAUAGUGAGACAACGACCAUUUCCUUAACUGACAUCCGAAACACGUGGUUCGAGCGUGUGAGUAUGUUCGUCAUCCUGCUGAACUGCGUGACCCUCGGAAUGUACGAGCCGUGCGAGGACGAAUUAUGCAACUCCAACAGGUGUAAGAUCCUUCAGAUGUUCGAUGACGCGAUAUUUGCGUUUUUCGCCGUGGAGAUGGUCAUCAAGAUGGUCGCCAUGGGAUGGAGUGGUAAGGGCUCGUAUAUGGCGGACUCGUGGAAUCGUCUGGACUUAUUCAUCGUCGUGGCCGGGGCGCUGGAAUAUUGCUUAGCGAUGGAGAACAUGAACUUGUCGGCCAUCAGGACGAUCAGGGUGUUGAGACCGUUGAGAGCCAUCAACAGAAUACCAAGCAUGAGAAUCUUAGUAAUGCUACUGUUAGAUACCCUUCCGAUGCUGGGCAAUGUCCUCCUGCUUUGUUUCUUCGUCUUCUUCAUCUUCGGCAUCGUGGGCGUGCAACUGUGGGCGGGAAUGCUGCGGCAGAGAUGCUUCAUGGAACUGCCAAAAAACGUAACCCUCCCUCUCACUGGAUUAAAACCUAUUUAUUACGAACUCGUCAAGGCAAAAACGCCCAUUACAAGUUACUUCAGGGUGGCUGAACAAGAAAAGGACUACAUCUGCUCGCUGCCAAAAGACAACGGGAUGCAUCGGUGCGCCGACCUUCCACCCACCACUUACGAAGGACAUCUAUGCAACGAGACUGCGCAGCCGUUCACGCUCAAUGAUCCUUCAAACGAGUCGUGCGUCAACUGGAACCAGUACUAUACGGAUUGUCGACCGGGUGAUAAGAAUCCUUUUCAGGGAGCCAUUUCUUUUGAUAAUAUUGGCCUAGCUUGGGUAGCCAUAUUCUUGGUUAUAAGCUUAGAGGGAUGGACGGAUAUAAUGUAUUAUGUGCAAGAUGCCCAUUCCUUUUGGGAUUGGAUAUAUUUUGUGCUACUUAUUGUGAUUGGAUCAUUCUUCAUGAUCAACUUGUGCCUGGUUGUCAUUGCAACACAGUUUUCUGAGACAAAAAAGAGGGAAAUGGAGCGGAUGAAGAUGGAGCGCGCAAGAUAUCAUUCAACCAGUACUUUAGCCUCUGGAUCCACAUCGGAGCCAAAUUCGUGUUAUGCAGAAAUAAUAAAAUAUAUUGCUCAUUUAUGGAGAAGAGCAAGACGGAAACUUUACUCCAGGUAUCGGCAGUUUCGCCGCCGUCAUCGAUCUGAUCAUCCCCGUCAGCUGAGUCUUAAAAAACAACGACGUCGUCGUCAGUAUGAGGCUGCGCAGAGCGCCCUUAUAGGUCGAGAGGGCGUUGGGAUGACCGGCACCAUAGUAGCAAUACCUUCGGGGGGCGUCAGUCCAGCUGGAGAUAAAACAGUCAUGAACAACAUCAGUUCUGUAUCUCCGCAACUCUUAUCACCCCAUGAUCCGUCGGAAAACCUAGACGACCCGAGGCACUCGAGUGCCCCUCGCGCGAGCCCAGAAUUUUCGGACGUGGACCUCCAGACAUCACCCAGAAGACCAGUCCUCCUAAAAAUUCCUAGUGGUGCUAGUGGAGACGGAAGUACCUCUGGUAAUGAAUUAGUCCCAAUGUCCCCGGGUGGCCAGGCCAUAUGUACACCACGGCAGAGGCGGCGCAGCUCCGUCAUGUUCAGUGAUGUAGUGCUUCUUCAUGGCCAUUCCGGGGACACAGCUACGAGGAAUGUAUGUCACAGCGAAAAAACGACGCAGACAGAUGAUGAACCCUUGGAUCCAGCAUAUUUUCGUGAACCGUUACCUCCCUCACCUAAUACUUUGGGACCACCUGCCCUGCUCCCCGCUGGGCUAAUGUCAAAUACAUUGAUGCCACCUUCUAAAACAAAGUCUUCCUUACGGCCUGUCUCAAGAACUCCUUCGUACAAUGGUUCGGGAGGUAAAGGCUCUCUGACGUGCGGAGAACUUCUCGCUCUGAGUGGAGCACUGUCAGCAGCUCUCCCCACUCAUCUUGGAAUCGAUUCACGCUCAGUACACACACUGUAUUCUUCUCUUGCCAAAGGCGUCAAGCACUUUUCAGCGCCCACUUUAUUCUUCUCAGCAGAACAGGCCCCUGCCGGCUUAUCCGGCUACUACUCGGCAUCAGACUCUUGCAACUCUGACUCAGAAUGGAGCGAAGAUGAUUGGAGUGAAGAAGUCCAGAAGCCUCCUUCUGCCAUGAAGAAAGUCUGCAUGCAAAUGCGUCUUUAUAUUAAGAAAUUGGUCGAGCACCAGUAUUUCCAACGAGGUAUCCUCGUCGCUAUACUCGUUAAUACUCUAAGUAUGGGUAUUGAAUAUCACAAUCAGCCUGAGACCCUGACGAUGAUUGUGGAGAUAAGCAAUUUGAUAUUUUCGGCAGUUUUUGCAGUAGAGAUGUUGCUAAAGGUUAUUGCAGAAGGUCCAUUCGGCUACAUCAGCAAUGGUUUUAAUGUGUUUGAUGGCGUCAUUGUUAUCUUAAGUGUGGUUGAAUUAUAUGAGAGCUACACAACAACAGUUGUUGGAGAGCAGGCUGGGCAGGGCUCAGGUCUGUCUGUUCUCAGGACUUUCAGGCUUCUCAGAAUAUUAAAGUUGGUGCGUUUUAUGCCUCAACUGCGCCGACAACUCUUCGUCAUGCUGAGAACUCUAGAUAAUGUUGCCAUAUUCUUCUCUCUUCUCAUAUUAUUCAUUUUCAUUUUUAGUGUACUAGGCAUGUUUCUGUUUGGUGGAAAGUUUUGCAUUAAAGCGGAUGGAAGUGGCGAUUGCACGUGCAGAGAAAUCCUGGAUCCAACAGCUGGAUGCCAGUGCAAAAGGAUGCAUUUUAACAGCUUCUUGUGGGCUACCGUCACUGUUUUUCAGAUCCUGACACAGGAAGACUGGAAUGUAGUCCUCUUCAAUGGUAUGGAAAAGACGAGUCACUGGGCCUCCCUGUACUUCGUGGCUCUGAUGACAUUUGGCAACUACGUCCUCUUCAACCUGCUGGUUGCCAUUCUCGUCGAGGGAUUCUCCGCGGAGCGGAACGAACGGUUAGAAAAAGAACAAAAAGAGCUUGAGAAACAAAAGCGCAAAGAAGAGGAGGAGAGCGGGGUAAUCUGUGCUCAUGAUAACCCGUCUGACGCGGAAAAUGCUGGAGACAUCCGCCUGGAGGACAAGGAAGAAGCCUCGAGUAGGGAAGUUUCAGAACUGCCCAAAUGCACAUCGAGUCAGUCCAGAGGCACUUUUGACUUAUGCAAGGAAUCAUCCCCUGAGGUCCUUAGCCCCGGGACGCCCGUGGUGCUCCUGAGCCCUGGGAUGCCCGUAGUAGAGGGCACUGAGAUCACAGAGGAUGAGAAGAAGAAGUCGGCCUCAACUCUGGACGCUCCUGAGGAUGAGAGGCGCAUGCUGAAGGGGAACGAGGAGAGAAUUAAAGAGAAUCAGCUGAGACAGAAACUCCUGUAUGCUGAGCCCAAGUGCAACAUUGAAAAAGAGAGCAAACUUUUGCAAAUGCCUCAAAUUCAAGCGCGUGAGAUACGGUUGCCAGAGUCAGCCAUUCCACCAACGCCAGCCGGAUUCACGCCCAUCAUGGCAACACCCCACUCCCAUUUGGGCUAUCCGCCCAUCAUCACUCACACCGCUGCCACGCCUCAAGGAUCGCCCCACGCCACCUUGGAGUCAGGUGGGCGUGGGGAACUGAACAAUAGGCUCACACCUGCAAUGGCCCUCUAUUGCACUGCUGAACAAUGCGACCGUCCACAGGGAGUACUAAGGUCUGCUUCCAUCAAAAGCAACAACACAUCAUUAUCAUCUCGCUCAUCUCACACAUCCAGCCACAUGGGGCCUCGGAUCACUCUUCGCCGCGAGUCUCUCUCCCCACAUGAUCUUCCAGGGAGGCGCGAUUCCCUCAGCACAUCUCAUGGGCACCGAGAACGUCGGAGUAGCGGUUGUGGUUCCCCACUGUCAUGGCGCCGGAACAAUGGCUCGCAGCGCCGCCGAAGGGGUUAUAGCAGCAACGGUUCCUCCUUUCGACGGGCGCAAUUGGACCGUGAAAACCUUGUCAAUCAUGAUUCAGGUUCCGAUGCUGAUGGGGAGGAGGAGACGGCCCUCAACAAUAAUAUUACCCUAACCAAUAAUAAUCUAAAUAAUCAUCAGGCAACGUUACUAAGCACUGACCACAGACUCUGUAAUGGGUCCAUGAGCAGCCAUGGGCAGUUAGGUCCGCGCCGAUCCAUCCUGACGCAGCAGAACUCCAUUGGAUCUCCUCGAACUCUCAGUCCCCAGAACUCCAUUCGAUCUAGAGGUUCCUCUCCCAGAUCUCGGCAGCCUUCGGUACAUGGGCAGACCUCAGUGUGCGGAUCUAUCAAGGAUUUGGAGUAUAAGCAGAAUAAUUUAAGCAGAGCAAAAGAGGCAGCAGCAGCAGCAGAGCAAGAGGAAGCAGAAGCUGGGAGUGACACUGAAGCUGAGGUCAUCACUAAGAUCUGUUUCUUCUUUGAGCCUACGGGCUGCUGGAGGGAGAGAUACGAUUUUUCUUUAUAUAUUUUUCCAACAAAUCAUGUAGUUCGAAGAUGGUGUGUAUAUUUAGUUACUAGAAAAUGGUUUGACUCCACAGUCCUAUUUUUCAUUGGACUCAACUGCAUCACCCUGGCCAUGGAAAGGCCAAACAUUCCUCCAGAUUCCGGUGAAAGACAAAUUCUAAUGAUAUUUAAUUACAUUUUCACCUUUGUGUUUGGUGCUGAGAUGUUCAUAAAGGUCAUCGCUCAAGGCCUACUAUAUGGGAAAGGGGCAUAUUUCAGCUCCGGUUGGAACAUUAUGGAUGGUUCGUUAGUUGUCAUAUCUUUCAUUGACUUACUCAUGUCUUUACUUGCAACCACCUCACCUCGUAUCUUUGGAAUUCUUCGGGUAUUUCGACUACUUCGUGCCCUGAGGCCUCUUAGGGUGAUCAACCGAGCACCUGGUCUCAAACUAGUUGUACAGACCCUUCUUUCAUCACUUCAGCCCAUCGGAAACAUCGUUGUCAUCUGUUGUACAUUUUUUAUCAUCUUCGGUAUUUUAGGUGUACAGUUAUUUAAAGGUUCCUUUUAUUACUGCGAGGGACCAGACUUAACAGACAUUAAGACCAAAAAUGACUGUGUCUCAAGAUACAAAGAGGAAGCAUGGUUGAACAGAAAGUAUAAUUUUGAUGACCUUGGGCAAGCCCUUAUGUCCUUAUUUGUAUUGUCUUCCAAAGACGGUUGGGUCAACAUAAUGUACACUGGCCUGGAUGCCGUAGGAGUUGAUAUGCAGCCCAAGGAAAACUAUUCACAGUGGCGGCUUCUGUAUUUCAUCUCUUUCCUACUGUUAGUUGGAUUCUUUGUCUUGAACAUGUUUGUCGGUGUUGUGGUAGAAAACUUCCAUCGUUGCCGGGAAGAACAAGAAAAGGAGGAGAAGGCAAGGAGAGCAGCAAAACGUGCCAAAAAACUUGAAAAGAAAAGAAAAAAACUCCAAAAGUUCCGUGAGGAAAGAGUGGCUAGUCUUACUGCUGCUGGCAUUGACCCUUCAACUGUUGACAUCGAAGCAGAAAUAAGAAGAAGAAAGAGAAGGAAGAAAGAACUGAAACAAAUGCAGCUCGCUAUGCAGAUGAGAGAGCCGCCAUACUACAGUCAAUAUUCGAAGGCAAGACUUUUCAUCCAUAAUAUAGUCACCAGCAAGUAUUUUGAUUUGGCCAUUGCUGCUGUCAUUGGGUUGAAUGUCGUGACUAUGGCAAUGGAGUUCUACAAAAUGCCUAAGGAGCUAGAAUAUGCACUCCAGAUCUUCAACUAUUUCUUCACAGCAGUGUUCAUCUUAGAAUCUGCCAUGAAGAUGGUAGCCUUAGGUUGCAGGCGUUACUUUCAGGACAGCGAGGAGUAUAGAUGGAACCAACUAGACGUACUUAUUGUUAUCCUGUCUGUGGUUGGUAUUGUGCUGGAGGAGAUGAAGAGUGAAAUAAUCCCAAUCAACCCUACAAUUAUCCGUGUUAUGAGGGUGCUUCGAAUUGCUCGUGUGCUGAAGUUGCUCAAGAUGGCGAAAGGAAUUCGAGCUCUGCUUGAUACUGUCAUGCAAGCUCUGCCUCAGGUGGGAAACUUGGGUCUCUUGUUCUUCUUGCUUUUCUUCAUCUUUGCAGCCCUAGGUGUGGAGCUCUUCGGCAGGUUAGAAUGUGAUGAGGAACAUCCGUGCCAAGGACUUGGGGAACAUGCACAUUUCAAAAAUUUUGGAAUGGCAUUUCUUACACUUUUUCGUGUUGCUACAGGAGACAACUGGAAUGGUAUAAUGAAGGAUACACUUCGAGACAAAUGUGACAGCAAUCCAGACUGUGUGAAGAACUGUUGCCUUUACCCUUUCGUAGCGCCCAUUUUCUUUGUGGUAUUCGUCCUCAUGGCUCAGUUUGUUUUGGUCAAUGUCGUUGGCGUGUUGAUGAAGCACUUGGAGGAGAGCCAUAAGCUGGAGGAAGAGGAGGCCGAGUUUGCGCGACUGCUCAGGAUGGAGGAUGAAUAUGACCUAGAAGUUGAAAUUGAAAGGCAACUAGCACAGGAGGAAGAGGAAAUAGCCGAAAUGCAAGAAAAUAUUGCAAACCAAAAAUUAGCCCAACAGGUUGCUAAGGAUGUUAAUGAAACAGCCAAAGCGAAAUUCAACAGUGGCAAGUACUUCCACAAACCAUUAAGCAAAAUGUCGUCGCUUCCUUCAAACUUCACUUUCCGAGGACAAAGAGAGCUUCUGGAAGCUUCCCCUAAAGAUAAUAACACUCCUCCUGUGUCCCCUGGUAUACCAGAUGUGCGGGUCGAUGCAUCAUACACCAUUCCCAGUAUAAAUAUUAAUGGUUAUGAAGUAGAGGAUGAGGUAUCAUCAUCCAAUUUGACCUCUUAUCCUCAUGAUGAAGACACAUAUAACCCCAAUUUGAAACGACCUUCACCUGAUGAGCCAGAGGACAAAGUUUCUAUUACAGAUCUGCGUCAGGUACCUCCAAGUAUCACUCUGGAGGAAUCAUCUUCUACCAGUUACAGUCCUACAACAGAGCCAGAUAGUGGUAGAAUUAAUGAAGUGCCAGUGAAAAGGGAAGCUCCACUCGCUGAAGCGUAUUAUGAUGAUGACAGUAACAGUGACAGUAUUUCAGCAGGGCUAGAGUCACUUGAGGCUGAUGAAAAACAGGCUCCAAUAACACAGCAAGCAGUGAGGCAGUCUCAGUGGAGUAGCAGUAGAAAGAUAAGUGCGGGUGGAGGAAGGAAAGUAAGCCUUGAUGACUCUGUCACUCAGUCCCUCAUGGCUAGUUUUGACAAUGUCCCUGAACUAGGUGGAAGGCUUGAUAUGGAUUCUACUUCAUGCUCAGUCUGCUCCAGUGAAGAGGUAUCUGCUACUUCUAGACUUUCAUCAGGACCUUCUCCAUUAGCAACAUCUGGCUCAGGGCCAUCUACAGCCCGCGAUAAUACCUUAGUCUUCAGUUACAUGCCUCAUGUUCCUCCUCCCUUAUCAUUUGCAGAUAAGGAUGAUGAUGAUACACUAGCAUCAAGCAGUGAUUCCUUUACACUAGAAGGUGGUCCACCAGAAUUGCCCUCUCCUGAUAUUUCAUCUGGAAGUGAAGCAAUGGCUGCACUUUCAGCCACAAUAUCCCCUUAUUCUUCCUCUCUCUCUCCCUCUCCUGUUUUGUCUUCCCCAAUGAGUGAGGCUAGUGCAUUACCCAGCAGUACCUCAGUAUCCCAGGCCAGGAGUUCAGGGAAUGGAAGUGGCAGUUUUUCUCCACAGCCAUCACCAACUACCCUCUCAGCUCCAAUUUGCUCACCUGUCUCCUCUUCCAUGAGUGAGCUCUCACACCAAGUUAACCCAUUUAGUUCACUUGGGGAACUGAGGGUUGAUUUUAAUAGCCCUCCUCAUUCGGCACACGUAAUGGAAGCUCAUUCAAGAGACAAUCAACCUUUCCAGCCUAAGUAUAAUGAACAGUGGCAUCCUUGGCCAGAGAGAAACCAGUUCUGGACCCUUAAGACUGGAGCAAGUAGGCUCCGUUCACCUCAUCCUGAAUCAGUGGUGCCAAGGUCAAUGGGUCAACCUGCUACGAUCGGACUGCAGUUAGGUGUUUCUCGGUCGCAACCCAAGGGAAGUGUGUUACCUGCUGGACAAAGGUGUUUUAUAAGAGGAAGAAAAAGAUCCCGACCUCCAGGUCCUGAGUCUUAGUGACAUUAGAAACCAAGCUAGUUUGGAUAAUGCUGUUCACCUGACUAGCUGAGAUUGUGUGCCAUCCAAGUUAGUGAAUGCCAAAAAAAUAAAUGCUCAGAAAAGCUGUAACUUGAUGUCAUUGAGCAUUAUGCUAUGUGCCAGAAAUAAAAUUAUCAAAACUUGCCAAACAUAGUUUUAUAUAAAUAUGUAUAAACAUGUAUGUAUGUAUAUUUAUAUAUAUGCAUUACUGAACAGUACAUGCACAUGUGUGCAGUAUGUACAUAUUUAAGUAUUACAUACUUUUUUACAUAUAUAUGUACAUAUAUAUAUUUAUAUACAUUAUAUAUAUAUGCAUUCAUGUACAUUCACAUUAACAAACAUCCAUAUAUGAAUAUAUGCAUACAUGUAUAUAUAUAUAUAUUAUAUUCACAGAUAUACUCAGACAUGUAUAUGUAUGAAUGAUAUACAUAUACAAAGAUACAUAGAAAUAUAGAUGAAUAAACAUAUUAACUUACACUUUGUAUGCAUAGCAAUUGUAUAUGAAUGUACACAUAUACACUGUAUGUAUACAUGUAUUAUUCAAAUACAUAAAUGAAAAAGUAAAUAAAUAUAUAUCUAUGUAAAUGUAUAUAUGCACUUACAUAUACAAUACAUGUAAAACACAUGCACACAUAUAUCUAUUUAUCUUACCAUUUCUUUAAAUCAACACUAAAAUGUGCAUUACAUUACAUACAGUACACCAAUUUGAAGACAGAUAGGAGCUCCACUGAGUAAUGAUUCUUUUAGUAUAUAGUCGUUUUUUCCACAAGGGAGGAAUACUGCUUUGAAACAAGUAAUUCUGAUGGAAAACUAUAGAAGAGAUCUUAAACCUGAGGAAAAACUAAAUCAGGAAGAUCAAAAAGGAAAUAGUACAGAAGAUGGAAGGACAUUUUUCAAAAUCAGGAAAGAUUUUUUUUACAUGAAAAGGCAACACUUUAUCGAUCAUGAAAUGCGGCCUGUCACUGCCUUUGAAAACUAUGUUUUCUCAUUCUUGGUAUCAUCACCCAAGAGGGUAAUUUAGAAAUUUUUGCUUCCUUUCUUGUUACAUAUCUGUAGUUACUGAAUAAUUGAUUUUUGAAAAUCACUAGUGAUAAUGACAUAAUGCUUAUUUUGGAAUAUUCUGUUAAUGUGUCCUAACUCAUCCUGUGUUCCUACAUGGGAAAAUUACAGAAUUGUUAUGAAGUGGAUAGUUUUCAUAAUUAUUGCAAGUGUAAAUGUACAACAGAUAAUUAUGAAUAUUUAAUAUAUAUAUGAAAUAACCAAAUUACUGUAAUAUAUUCUUUACAGACAUACCUAUAUUGUAACAACAUACCAAGAUAAAAUUCAAUUUCUGAAUUUACAUUGAACCUUGGUUUUUUAAUACAGUACAUAUGCAAACAGCUUGCACAGAUACAUAAAUACGUACACACACAUGCAUACUAUAUGUAUAUGUAUAUAUAUAAAAUCAUGUUCAAUAUUUUAGUGAUUCGAUAUAUAUAUAUAUAUAUAUAUAUAUAUAUAUAUAUAUAUAUAUAUAUUAUAUAUAUAUAUAUAUAUAUAUAAAGAGCAUUUUUUCACUGCAAAGCUAACAACAUAGUAUAUUUAUCUACUGGUGGUGGAAUUCCUGUAAUACUUAUAUAUGUGUGUAUAAUUCUAUUUAUAUAUAUACAUAUAUAUAUUUAUAUUAAAAGGUACUGGUUGCUAUAAUAUGAAUAUGAGAUUAAAGUAUGAACCAUACAGUGUUUGUCCUCAUGUAAAUACAUACACCAAUAGUACAGAUACAAACACUUUCGUUUAAUGACUAAUUUCAUGUCUCCAUUCAUACAUAUCGACAAGCGUGUAUGUACAUGCUGUACAUAUACCUGAUCACUGUAAACAAUAAUGUUUUUGUAUGACAUUGAUGCUUAAGAAAUCCCCAUGUCGUUUUUUCUCUCCAUUCAAGUAAGUUUGUUAGUGGCAUGUUUGAGAUUCUUGUUCCCUUUAAAGGAGACAGUGUGACAGUCAAAGGAGCAUGUUCAAGGGUCACCAUUUGCAAGUAUAAAUUACUAUUGUCAUCUUAGAAUGAAAUCCUUGCUAGUCGUUGGCUAGUUAGUGGAAUGUUUUAAAUGAAGAAAAAUAUAAUGACAAUAUUACUGCAUAGGAACUUAUAGAUAACAAAAAUGUAUUGUGGUCAGAGUCUUUGUAGCAAUUCUAAUGAAGCAAUAGUCUGGUGACAUACUGACGAGAUGUUUGUCUGUCAAAGGAAGAGUUUUCUUUUCAUUGUAUUAUUUAUCAUAGCUGGUCUAGCACAAGUUAAGUUUGAUAACUUAAGUUGUUGUAUGUAGACAUGAUAGUAUGAGAAGUUUGUAAAUGCAUAAAAAGAGUACUAUUUGAGUGAUUUUUACUUUAAUGUUAUAAAGUUUUGACAAAUCUUAGGAAUAUAAGAGCCUGGACUCAUGAAUCCUAAACAUAUGUUUUGUUAAUUUAUUGGACGUUUUCAUUUGCACUAGAGUUCAGCAAUUCUGUAAGCUAGGCAUUUGUUCCUACAAAUAGUAUUUCUGGAUCUAAAUGCUUGGCUUUUGGAACCUGGCUUACUAAUUCCAAAAUUUUUUUCCUGGCAGACACUUCUCACAGUUCCAACAUUAAAACCCAAAACUAUUCUUGCACUUGUAAUUGCAAAUUUGAUGACCCUGUAUGUAAUGUGCUAAUUAGGGUAAGAACUGGUUUGUCUUUUGUAUACGUACUUAAGUGUGCUCAUACACACUCAUCAUUGCUGGAGUAGGAAAGACGAGAAACUUGCAUGUUCACUUCCCUCUGUUUAUGUUAUUAAAGGAUUUUUUAUAUACUGAAUUAUAGUAGUUUGUAACUCAAUGGCUUUAGACCAUGCAUUGGUAAUGACGUAUGACUGAUGAUCCCAGAGAUUAGAUAGAUUUAUAUAGUUUAUUAUGGUAGCUGUUGUAUGGGACAAAAGUGCUUGCCUUGGGCAUAUUGUGGAGCCCAGUCUCUCCUAGGAUUCAUAAAACACACAUCAUAAUCGUACAUAGUUAUUUAGUUAUGAAGAGAAAUUUUGAUCAUCGUCUCCUGUGGGAGACUUGCAUAACUAUACAGUUAGUGGCAUAAAUCCUUUAUAAUGUAUGGCAUUAUAUGUUAAGGGUGUGUAUGUCAAAUAGUUAAAAUGUCACAGGUCUAAGUAUAUGAAUUUAUGGAAUCCACUGUGACUUUUGUAUAUAUGAUGGAAAGUUUAUAAAGUUUUAUAGUUGUAAUUUAAGGCAGUGCUGUGAUUAGCCAUACAAGAUCUAUAUUAUUAUCCCCAGUAAGAAAAAAUAACAAUAUAGUGUCCGUUUCAGUCAUUAGCAAACGACAAGAAAUGCCCAUUUUUUUUAUUUCACCUUUCUAUUGUGUGUUCAGUCCUCUUUUAAAUUAUUAUAGAGACAGUGUUAGUCAAACUAUUGCAUUCUUAAACCAUGUUUGUCAUGACACCACAGUUUGAACUAAGACAUUACUAGAUAUUGUGACAGUUUUAACUUAGCAGUAGAAGUAGUAAUGACAGUAGUGAGCAUUGGGUAGUACAGUAGCAGCAGCGUUAGUGAUAUUGAUAAUGGAGGGUUUUCAGGUAAGUGUCUAAAAAAUGUCCCUCUCUCUCUCUCUCUCUCUCUCUCUCUCUCUCUCUCUCUCUCUCUCUCUCUCCCCAUACCUCUAUUUGGAGUAGGAUGUAACGCAAACAUACUAAAACACUCAUGUUGAAAUGGCGGCAUAUAAUUUGUUGCCCUUUAGUAAAUGUCUGAAAGAUUUAGAAUGUGGGAACAAAUGUGAUACUUAUUGAUCAGCAAAGCAUCUGAAGAGGACCACUUACUUUUCAAGAGGGUUUCUUAGUUGUUAGUUAUUGAGUACACAAAAAAAAGUUGUGACUCCAUAAAGUUAUUAUUUGGCUAAAUGUCUCUGAAGACCAAAGAAAAUUGCAAAUUUGUAAAAACUAUUAUGUAUUAUUUAGUUAAAGUUUUCUCUAUGACAAGAUAACUGUAACCCAGGAUAAUUGAAAAUUUCAAACCCGUAAAGUAAAACAGGUUUACCAUGGAUUGUUACAUUAUAAUACAUUUUUUAUGAAGUAAAUCUAUGUACUCUACCUUCCAUAGUUUAGAAGGAAGAGGUGCUACUAAAAUAUGAAAAAUUGUCAUUAGUUAAACUGUUAUGAAUUAUGUUUUAGAUACAAAAUAAAAGCUUUAAUUAGGUUACUUCCAAAGGCACUGUAGAAUAAAGAGCCUUGCCUCCGUGGUCAAGUUUAAAUAAUGAUGACUGACUUUAUAAAGAAGGCAUUCUAUAGUAUUAUGUAGGCCAUGUUACAUCAUCGGUUAGCAGGACACCUAAGUCCACAACACUUUUAAAAAAAAAACAUUUUGGGAUUCUGAGGUUAUGGAGAAAGUUAACUAUGCAAAUAAUUUAAUAAAGUAUUUUACGUUUUAGAUCUUUCUCUCUUUCUUUUAUUUUGAUAUUCUAUUUGUUUACAGUAGUGUUCUUUAUCAAUGAACAACAUUAUGUUUGAAGAGAGUACUGUGGGUACAGUAACCACCACAAUAAUAUUGGAUAUUCAGAGUUAGUGUUUUGCUUUAUGUAAACUUUGAUGUUUAACACAGCAUAAUAGUUCUGAAAACCAUUAAACUUCUUGUAAGCCAUGUGAAGUUUUAGUUCUGUUUUUUAUUUCACCUUAGAUUUUUCAUUUAUAGAGAUAAGGUAAGCUGCCAUUAUUUUGCAAAGAGGUAAUGCGUACAAAAGAAUGAGGUCAUUUGAUUUUAAUGUCAAAAGCAUUGAUAUCGAGCUGGUAAUAAACAUAAUCAGAUCAUAAGUUUUAGCUUUUUAGUCUAUAUUCACAUAUUGGUCUCUUCUGUGCUUACCACACUGAAGAGGAGAUAAGAUGUCUCAAAACUAGUUGUGAAUUAUAGUAGAAUCCAUGAACUUAUGGUCUGACUUGUGUGUUUUCAUGAUUUUUAUUCAUAUAACGCAAAUAAAUCAAGAACAUAUUUUUUAAUGGUAGUGUUCACUGUUGAUGAUACAAAUUGCAAUGGAAAUUAAUGCAGAUUGUAGUGGAAAAGUCUUUUAGCGCAGCCUUUCAUUAUCAAGUCUAUACAAUAUUCUGAGUGUUGCAGUCUCCUAGUCCAAUAGACUAAAUUUGAACACACCCGAGUCAAUUUUAUUUUUGUGCAUUGUGUGUGGUCUCGAAUGUUUCUGUUAAUCCGCAAGUUGACUCUGUCUAUGUUUUGAGAUCUUUUAAUUUUAAACUUUAGACUUACUUUUUGUCACAAAAGUAAGAUUAAGUUGAAGUUACAGCAGGCUUGAUAGGUGUUGUUAAAUAGCACAGUACAAGGCUUAACUACUUAGGAGAUUUCCUCUGCAAAUAAGUUUUAUUUCCAUUGAACCAUCUUAUUAAGAAUUAACUUUUAUAUAAAUGUUCCUUGAACUUAUUUGGAUUGUAAGUUUUUCAUUAUAGAAGCCCUCUUAUUAAUGAAGGUACUUUUUGAAGUUAAUUAUAAUGGCUUUAAUUAGUUGUUGUUAUAGUAUCUCAUGGGACCUCAGAUUAUGAUUAUUUGCUACUAUUAUCUUAGGAGUUGCUCAUAAGAGCCAAAGCCCCUGCUGGAACAUGGGCAACAUAGCCUAACAACAGCCCCAGUUACUAGACUAGGUGCAGUACUAUGGCAGUUAGUAAUAAAAUUAUUCUUUUUUUUUACAUAACUGAAUAUCCAGUAACUCAGGCUUAGCUGUGAACUUAAUUUUAAAUCUUUGAUAGAAGGUGCUAGUGUUUUUCAUAAUGCUGGGUUCUUUGACUCUCGCCUAAUCCUGCUGGUCCAGUGUAGAAUACGUCUUGAGGUUUGUUGAGUCCUUCUGAGUUAGCUAUAAGUUUCUUAUAUCUAUUAGUGGCUUUAUAUAGAUAUUAAUACUCUGGGUAAUUCUGUAUGUGUUGGAAACAUAUGAUGAAUCUAGUAUACUAUGUGUUAAAGCAAUGUGGACAUGUUCUUAACUUUUGACUUUCCAAGUUUUCACCUUGAAUGAUGUUUUAGCAGUACUAUACAGUAUUUGCCUCCUAUCUUGAUAAUGAUAUACAGUACAUAGCAUCAUUUAAAAUAUUAGUUUUUCAUAUUGGUUAUUUUUAUGAAAUUAUAGCAAUUUCUAACUGUUAAAACUUACUUUAGCCCUACCUAAAGGCUGUUUCCAACUCAUAAACUAGUGAUCUGAAGUAUUUUUGCCAGGUCUAAGAUUCUCAGCCCCCUCAAGGUGGUGUCAUACAAUUAGAUUAUCUGACACCUUUUAUCAUCUUGCCAUCAAAGUCUGUAACAAGUAAUCAGUCUUACUGGCUGAAGUGAAAUGAUGUAGUUGUAUGUGUGUUAAGUGGGGCUGCAGGAGUGCAAACAUACACAACUUCAAUUUUGCCACAUACUGGCUACUUGGAGCAAAGUUUAACUGCAAGAUGUUAAAAGGUACAGGAAGCAUGCUCUUGUGACAUCGCAUAGAGACUUUGACCAUAAGAUACAUCUCUAAAUGUCCCUGUGCAUAUAAACCUCCCAAAUAUUUGUUGAAUUUUCUCUAGUCAUAGUUGAUAGUUGUUAAUGCAGGGUAAAAAUACACUCUGACGUUCGUGUGAAAAGCAAUAGAUCUGCCACUCCUUAGGCAUAAGAUUAGGCUAAUAGUGUAAAAAAAAAUAUUAAGAGUUGACUCCUGUGAGUUACUGAAGAAAUUUGUGUUCAUUCACUACUGUGUUUACUUAUGCCACAUAAUGGUACAUGUGCCUUAAAUCUGAGUGCGAUAAAAAAAAUCUUGAAAUAUUUCUAUUUGGGUUUUUUAAAUGCUGUAGUACAGUGGCUUAACACUGACUCUGAUAAAAGGGUUUGAUAGUUUAAUUUGCACAUUAAGUAAACUUUAACUUGUUCCAUCAGUGCAGAGGCCGAAAUAAUUGCUUUACUAAAAAUAACAGAUUUUUUCAAUUAUGGAUUUCCUUCUUGAAUUUAGCCUAUUUUUCGUUUAAUUGUACCAGAACACCAAAGGAUGGCAGAGAAACCUGAAAGGAAAUGACUAAUUGCUCUCAUUUAAAAGUAGUCUCCUGUGGUAAACAAUCAUUAUCUCAUUGGCCUCAUAAUACUUUGUAAUAGUGUACUAUAAUUGUUUCUUAUACCUCUAUUUUAUUUUGUUUCCUUCUGUUGACUCAGAAGUGGUCUCUUCUGUUGCUCCAAGCAUUGCUGAUCAAUAAAGCCAAGAAAAAGUAGCUAUACCUAUGUCUUUUCUCUUCUUGAAGAAAAUAAUUUGUCAACAUUAUUUUCCUAGGAGCUGGUUUUUCCCUGCAAGCAUCAUUAGCAUCUUAAUAAAUAUAGAAGUGUGAUUGUGAUUUUUCUCCUUUUGUGUGGAACUAUAGCAAAAAGUAGAAUAUAGUAGGAUUUUUUAUAUUAUUUUUCAUAUCAUUCCAUUCAGUGACAGACGAAUUGCAAAAGUCUCUCUCUUUCUCCCUCUGUCUUAUUCUCCAUUCACCCCUACCCCCUUUUCUCUCUGCCCUGAACCUCUCUCUCUCUCUCUCUCAAUUCUAUGCUGUAAUUGCGUGCCUUUUUCUACUGUUCACUUUUAUAAAACUCGUGAUGGAAAUGAUAAGCUUAAGAGGUAAAUAAGAUUGUAGGUGAUGCUAUCCUCCAAAAAGUGUUGCUGUCAUGUCUCACUGGAUUAUACUGUUUAGAAAAUGUGAUUUGUGGGUUGAUCUAUAUUUAUGUUCAAUUGCAGCGUGGUGAUUAGAAUGUAUCACUACAUACUUUGUUUACUGUUUGUCACCAGUUUUGUUUACAUGCCAUGAAUGUAUGUAAUUUUUUAAAUGACGGUACCCGAACACUCAUACGUAUUCCUGAGAAAAUGAGUUUAAUGUUAUUCACUUUAACGUACGAGUUUAUUACUUUUUAUUUAUUUAUUUUAUUUUUGCAUGUGACCAAAAAAAUACAUUAUAUAUAUGGAAUGUAGUCCAAAAUAUAUAUAUAUUUGUUACUCGCUUUGAUAAGAUAGUUAAGAUUUUAUCAUUGUUAGCAGUACUACUGACGAAUCGGGAGACAUGACAGAAUUCAGAGCAAUAUUAAAAGCUUUUCUAAAGAUGUGAAGGGACUAUGACAGAAACAGUCAUUUUUUAGCAUUUGAAGAACAUGAACAAAUGUGUGGGUCUUGAUUCAUUCAUGUAGUGUAGCAUUGUGCAUGUACCUUGCAUUCUUACAUAUUUAAGUGAAGGUGAAUCACAAAACUACAUUGUAUUACUUGUUGAAUAGUUGAUUAAAAAAUUGUUUCCCCGUUUUAGUAAAAUACAAGAAGUGUUCUCGCUACGUUGUUGAAGUAGCAAUUGUGAUAUGAUGGAUUAAGCUACACGUGAAGGGAAGUCAGGAGAUCGAUGACAAUUAUCAUUUUGCCCUGUUCGAACGAUAUACAAUUUGAUUCAGUGGUUUUAAAUUAUUUAUUGGUAAAGUAAUAUUGCUAGAACUGUUUUAGACUCAGUGUACAUUAUAUAACUUUCUUUUAACUAAGAGUGGCCAUAAACAGGAGGAAAGACUGGGAUUUGUAAAGAUGUGCUCUUGGGAUUUCAUGAUUAAACUUCAGACAUUACUUACCGCCGUUUACCUCUUGAAUUCCAGUCUGACUUCUCUGAACUCCCGUAGUUUUGUCCUCAAGGAAAGGUUCUCUUGCGUUAAAUCCGUAUCUUUGUACCUGUGCGACACUUUCUUUUUCACUUUCUACGACUUUUCUCAUGUAAAUGUAAAGCAAUUUCAUAGUCUGUACAAACUCUUUCAAGACAUGUUGAUUAGACAUCGUUGCUUGUAUUAGGGAGUCUUCAAAAUAUGUUAGGUCAAAUAAUGACGUCUUUCAGAAAGAAAGAAAAAGUAAACUGUUUUAGAAUCUGUAUGCUCCUCUUCUUUCAACUUUAGCAGCAACCCACAUUCAAGAAUACAGGGAAAUUAUAUUAAUAAUAUAUGUAUUAUAUAUAUAUAUAUAUAUAUAUAUAUAUAUAUAUAUAUAUAUAUAUAUAUAUAUUAGAAAAAAUGAAUGACAAAAACAAUUAUAGGAAUGCCGUCAUCUCCACCCAACCCAACAAGUACUUACAUCGAGCUGAUUUUUUUUCUUUUUUUCUUUUCCCCAAAGCUUGAUACAUCAGUCGGUUAUUCUAAGGCUGUGGAGAUGACUUGUAUUCUGCAUUCGUUAUAUGCAUAUAUAUAUAAAAAAUAUUCGUAUAUAUAUAUAUUCUUUUUUACCCGAAAAAAUGCCCUUUUGUCAUUCUUCAAAGUGAUAGAUUUAAAGUGUGCUUUUCUCUCUCACUUCUCUCUGAUCAGGGACGCUCAGUUUUUACUUCUUACAAAAAAAUAAAUGUAAAUAGAUCAGA